UGACCUGUCAAAGAUCUUUGUGUUUGGCUCUCACUUUCAUUCCCCCUUUAUACCUUCACGCAAUGUCAGAACUUAAAAACGUCGUCAUCGUUGGUGCUUCUGCUGCUGGAGCACAAGUUGCUCAUCAGCUAGAAAAGACAUUACCAUCCACCCAUCGAAUCGUUUUGAUCGAAGCAAACAAUUUCGCUUAUUGGCCAAUCGGUGCUUUACGUGCUUCUGUUAAAGCUGGAUUUGAGAAUGAAAUCUUUGCAUCUUAUGAUAACUUCUUCCCAGCCGAUUCAAGACAUAUCAUCUUGACUGGCUAUAAAGUAGCAAGUAUUUCGGCUCAAAGUGUUAAAUUGGACAAACAAGCUCCUGCUCCUUUCAAUUCUGAUGAGAUCCAAGUCGAUAUUGGAGUGAUCGCUACCGGAUCGAAGUACGCUUAUCCAAUGCGACCGAGCAGUCAAUCUCUCGAAGAAAGUGUUGAAUCUUUACGUAAAUUACAAAAAGACAUUGAACAAGCAAAGAAUGUUGUCAUCUUGGGAGCUGGUCCAGUGGGAAUCGAGAUGUCAGGUGAAAUUCGUGCAGUUUAUCCAGACAAGAAGAUCACAAUUAUCGAACGUGGUCCAAGGAUUCUGAACGGUUUCAGAGAAGCUUUGCAUAAUAAUCUUUUAAAUCAAUUGAAGAAGAAGAAGAUCGAAAUCAAGUUCAAUACUAGUGUCGAGGUAACGGAUGACCUGCAAUCUUCUGCUCAAAAGCUCUUGAAUGAACCUCUCAAGCUAUCCCUAUCCGACGGCUCAACGAUUGAAACUGAUUUCCUAUUCAUCGGAACGGGAGGUUCACCUAAUGUAUCUGCUGUCCCACAAGAAGCAUUAUCAGAAGCAACAGCAGGGGUGAAAGGAUCAAGAGCACCAGUAAAACGAGUUGGUGUUGAUCAAGGUACAUUACGAGUUCAAUAUGAACCUUUGAAAGAACGUUGGUUCUGUUUAGGUGAUGCAAGCAAUUCAAACGAUUCAAAGACAAAUAUUGCCGCUACUGCUCAUGCACCAAUCGUUGCAAGUCAAGUUGUCGGUCAAGCAGGAAAUACGAAAAAGGGUGUAAAGCAACAUACAAAAGCCCUCAAUGCAAUCUCUGUUCCUCUUGGUCCGGAUGGUGGUGCAACCCAGGUUAUUUGGCCCGUCUUUGGUGAAUGGGUCACCAGUUUAGGUAAAGGAAAAGGUUUAUUGCUGAACCUAUUUACUCCAAUAUACCCUGGCGGUCAACCGUUGAAAAAGUGAUGAUGUACAUACCCUUGUUGUGGAAUAUCUGUCAAUUGCAUUCUUUAUAUCGUCACUCUCUGGU